CCAACCAACCAACCAAGAAGAACAUCUAUAAGGAAGAACAGAUCCCUGAAUCCGUCGCUGACAGCGUUUAUUUCAGUCUUUAUUUAUUUAUAUAUUUAUUUAUUUGAUUUCUUAUUGUUUAUCAUGGGUCUUGUUUUCUCCUCCAUCUUUUCACGUCUCAUAGAGAAGAAGCGGAUGAGAUUACUGAUGGUUGGUCUGGAUGCAGCCGGAAAGACUACUGUCCUCUACAAACUCAAACUGGGUGAAGUCGUCACAACGAUUCCAACUAUCGGCUUUAACGUUGAGACGGUUGAGUACAAGAACAUUUCCUUCACUGUGUGGGAUGUGGGAGGACAGAAUGUCAUUAGACCCCUCUGGAGACACUACUAUCAGAACACCAUGGGCCUCAUCUUUGUGGUGGACAGCAGUGACCGUGAGCGUGUCCAGGAAGCUGCUUUGGAGCUGCAGAUGAUGCUUGAGGAAGAUGCGCUGAGAGACGCCGCUGUGUUGGUUCUUGCUAACAAACAGGAUUUGCCCAAUGCGAUGCCGUUCCACGAGAUGACCGAGAGACUCAGGUUGCACGCACUGAAAGGAAGACCGUGGUACGUCCAGUCAACUUGUGCAACAAAGGGAACAGGUUUAUAUGAAGGACUGGACUGGCUUUCAGAUCAGCUCUCCAAACAAUAAAAUAUGAUUGAUUGCACUAAGUGAAAUGAUUUGAAAUCUAUUUUACUGUAUUUAAAUCUGUCAAUAAUGUUAUGCAUAUUAUGAUAAUGUAAUGUAUGACCUUUUCUUUUUCUUACAUCUUAGAAUAAUUUUUGUUGUAUUGUUUGUUCUUGGGUUUGACUUUACAAAAGGCUGUUUACUACAAAUAUGGAAUAUAAAUAUGGAAAUAAAAAUAUCUAUUUUUUUCAAA